AUGGUGUCCGAACUAGUCGAAGAAAAGGCGCCUCUUUACCCGGAUUACUUGCCUUUCUACGACCCGCUCGAAAAGGUCGAACCGGUCGGCCCAUUCGAGCAUGACGAUCCAGGCCAUCGAGCUGAUCCCUCGUUUCCAAAUCUGUUGGAAAAAGCGACAAAUGUCGUGGAAUUGAGUCCUCAUUGUGGCACAGAGCUACCGGGUGUUCAGCUUUCAGACUUAUCAAGCGAGGGCUUGGACGAACUUGCACUUAUGGUGGCAGACCGAGGGUGUCUUGUGUUUCGGGACCAAAAGUUCACGGAUUUGGGAUUUGAGGAGCAAAAGCGAAUUGCAUCUCACUUUGGCCCGCUUCACAAACAUGGGUGGAUGCCUCAUCCACAAAAAGGACCCGAGGAGUUUGUCAUCGUCUACGAUUCUAAAGACGAUUUACGCAUUCGCAAGUCCUGGGCAAGGAAAAGCCCAAUCCAGUUCCAUGUCGAUCAGUCACCCGAGUCUCAGCCUCCAGGUGCUACAUUUUUCUGCAUGCUCGAGUCCCCUCCUGGAGCAGGUGGGGAUACGAUAAUAUCUAACAUGACUCGCGCCUUUGAACGGCUUUCUCCCUCAUUUCGCAAACGUCUGGAAGGCCUUAAGGCCGUUCAUACAACGGCGAAUCCGAUCAUGCGUGAACUUCGCGAUAACGGCUCAAGUGCCGUUCUUCGUCGACCCAUUACUCGAACUAUCCAUCCAGUUGUGAUUGUUCACCCUGUUACUAAGAAGAAGGCACUUUUUGUCAAUUCCUCUUACACUCAGAGCAUUGCGGGCUGGGAUGACGAGGAGUCGGACUACAUGUUGAAAUUCCUCUUCGACCACAUCAACCGAGGACAUGAUUUCUGCUGUCGCGUACGAUAUGAGCCGGGCACGGUAGUUAUCUGGGAUCAGAGAGUGACGCAGCACUCUCAAACUUUGGACUACCAGGCGGGCUCUCGACGACAUGCUUUCCGCUUGACUCCUUUGGCCAAUGUACCGAUUCCAAGUUUAAUUGAAGAUGACGACGGGGAAUGCGCCAAAGAUGAGGGGGAGAAUGAUGCUGAAUCUUUGCUAGUCAAAUGUAUGCUAUAUUACUUCCCAUCAAAGUCUCCACCUUUAUGA